AUGUAUUUACCAAGCUGUACCUAUUAUAUGUCCAAGUCUGACUUUGGCUCCGUUAGUUCACCAUUUUUAAGCGACAACGCGGCCAAUAAGCCGGUUCAACUCUCCAGACAAAACCACGACACAAAUUUUAGGGACCACGGCUCAGCCUUACUGGAUAAUAACAGCCACUCAGCGGGGAGACUGCCGGACUACCGAGGCUACUGUUAUCCCGAGCCCCGGCAGCAGUAUGCUCCACCGGGGAAAUGGUCCCUUUACCAGACGAACCAUCCCGCCGUCUCUUCGUCCUCGUCCUGCUUCUACACCCCGGAGGAGAUAGUUUUUCAUGGGGACCCUGGUCUCACAUCUCCAUCGGAGCGGAUCUUCAACAAUAGCAAUGACUGUUUCCUGUACGGUGGUGCGGUUUAUGGCGCCCCGGCUCCCCGUUAUCACGCCCAGACGUUUGCCGGAGCACUUCGGACAUUCCCCGGAAGCCCCUCCGCCUCCAAGCCGCCCUCCCCGCUCCUCUCCCCGGUGGGGCGGAACGGGAUCCUGCCGCCCGGAUUCGACCCGUUCUUCGAAGCGACCGAGGGAGGGGAUCAGAAAACGGAGGGCACAACGGGGAGCCGCCGGGGAAAUGACUCGAGCCAGAGCGGGUGGAGAGGCUGUCAGAGCGGCGAGAGAAGCGGGCAGAAGCCGAGAUCAGAGCUCGUCAAGGCGUCGAAAGAGGAUGAGGAGGACGCGGCCUUAUCCAGCAGCACUGGAGAGGACAGCAGUAAUGGCCCCAAGCCCUUUGUGAGGAGGAAGAAGCGCUGUCCGUAUUCCAAACAGCAGAUCAGAGAGCUGGAGAGAGAGUUUCUAUUCAACGUUUACAUCAACAAGGACAGACGCAUGCAGCUGUCCCGGCUUCUGAGCCUCACCGACAGACAGGUAAAAAUCUGGUUCCAGAACAGAAGGAUGAAAGAGAAGAAACUUAACAGGGACAGACUGCAGUACUACACAGGAAACCAUCUGUUCUGA